AUGAAAAAUUGGAGCGCACCGUUGGAUAGAGCUCGUCGAGUUCUACUACUCUGGAAAAAAAGGAGUAAUAAUCAUUCUGAUGAUGAAGAAAAUGAUGAACAAUUAAUAGAGAAGGAAAUUAAACUCCAAGAAGAUUAUGAAUUACCACCAUUUCCAGCUGAUUUAAAAUUUUUUAUCAAUCAGAAGGACUUCACAAAAUUAGCUGCUCAUAGUUAUUUAAGAAGAGUAUUGUUGAAUUUGGUCUAUGAUGAUAUUGCAAAUAAGCAUCAUUUGCUAUAUCCAAAAUCACAAGAUUAUAUUAUUAUAGCAAAAGCUAUAUUACGAUCAUUAAAUAUUCCAAAAUUCAAGAAUGAACGAAAACCAUUACAAAAGAUCAAUGCACAAGUUCAACGAAAUAAAAACAAGUUUGGUAAAGGUCCAGGAAGACCAGUAAAAAAAACUGAUUUAGUUUCAGCCGAGAGAAAGACUGAAAAAUUGAUGUUUAUUGGUCGAUUAGAUGAUGAACAAGAUAUGUUCAAGCUUAAUCAGAUUUAUCGACGGUUAUUCACAUGUAAUAAUGUUAUUAAAGAAGUUUUGUUGGAGUAUCCGGCUUAUUCGUUGCCACCUUUGGUUUUCGAAGAAGUACGAAUGACAACUGAUACAAAUAUUGCACGUAAUGUAGAAUUAUUUUUGCCUGUGUUAUUUGAAAAAUUACCGGAUAAUUCUAUGUUUAUAUCAGGUUUUUUUACCAACCCGGGUGAUAAAACUGCUAUAUCAGAUCCAGUAAUACCAGCUUCUUGUAUUAAAAUGCUAAAUGCUAAAUAUGAGCUGUAUCUUGAUUAUCAGCUCAUUGAACAAACAACGUCUGCUCAAGAGGCAAUAUCAAUUCUACUUUGUUUAUAUAAUAUUUUCGAAAUAAAAUUCACACGUCAUUAUCUUGGUAUUAAUUUGUUGUAUGGAAUAAUGUUUCAAGAUCAAAAUGAACUUAGCAAAUCAUUGAGAAAGCUUCUUUUAUCGUGGGAUUAUAUAAUUGAAAACAAAUCAAUUGUUCAUCAACAUCAAACUAAAACAACAACGGUGAACAACAUGAGUAUGAUUCACACUACAACAUCAACUGAAACAUAUGAAAAUGAUUCAAAUGUCUUGGAAGAAACACAUUUUAUCCAAAAUCAACAAAUAAAUAAUGUUAGUUAA